AAGAAGCUUUGAAUUUCAAGGAGGAGAAGGAGCUUUGAGGCACGUCACAUGACUCACUUUCACUGAGAGCUUCUGACUUUGACGUGGUUUUGGUUCUGAGUUCAGGCUGUUCAAAGGUGAAUCAAUGGUAGAUCAUUACUUUGCAAAGAAAAGCCUGUUUCAUGUUCUAGCUUUUUUUUUUUUUAUUUAAUCUGGUGUGUUCCCUUUAAGACUCAUUAUGAAACAAAGCUAGUCCACUUCUUUUCAAGCAUCCUUCUUUUGUGAGAAGGGGGUCAGGAAUUUGUAGUGUUUACAGUGUCGGGUCUCAGUUUAACAGUUUUAGAACAGUUCAACGACUAUGACGUACCGCCUGUUUGAAGGGAAGGAUCAUGCAGCGUCCUACUGGAAGUACAGGAUCUCUCCAUCUGACGACCUGCUGCAGCAAGUGCUGGGUUUCCUGGAGAAGCAUAACGCUCGGCCCCUGGAGCUGGCUGUGGAUGUGGGCUGCGGCUCCGGUCAGGGCACUCUGCUGCUGGCCAAACACUUCGCCUCUGUGGUGGGAACAGACGUGAGUCCGGCCCAGUUGGAAGUGGCUUUGCAGCACAAUACAGAGCCUAACGUCACAUACAGGCAGUGUGUGGCGGAAGAGCUGCCCUUUGCUGACUGCUCAGUGGACCUGGUGACAGCCAUGUCUGCCUUCCACUGGUUUGACAGGGCCCGCUUCCUCCAGGAGGCCCACAGGGUCCUGAAGCCCCGUGGCUGCUUGGCUCUGCUCAACUACACCAUUGACAUGGAGCUCAGCUUCCCCAACUGCAGCCGGCAAGAACUGAACCAAAUCUGCAAGGAGUUUUAUGCAGCUUUGCACCCCUACUGCAGCCCCCACCUUGGUCAAAGCUCUAUUCAGCUGUAUCGAGAGGCCUACGAGUCUAUUCCAUACCCCGAUAAGGAAUGGCAGGAGUGUGUGUGGGACAGAAAGCACAUGCCUCUGUCCAACUUCAUGGGCUUGGUGGAGUCUUUCUCCAGUUAUCAGGCCCUGCUGAAGGACGACCCCAAGAGGGCGUCCAGCCUCUCCCAGGUCACCUGUCAAAGGUUGAUGUCAUGCAUGAACGUGACCUCUGCAGACGCUCAGGUGGAAGUAGGCGUCAAGUAUUUCUACCUGCUGACUUGCAAACCUCAGGAUUCCUAACUUCCAGCAACUCCAUUUACUGACAAAGUCUGCAAAUAUUUACAGUUUUGUGUGGAGAUUCAUCUUAACACAAUAAAUGCUGCACAUGUUCA